GAGGGAGGAGGAGGAGAAGGAGAAGAGGACCAAACAGUUAAACGGAGGAAAUGUAGUUUGGAGUGCAAAGACUGUGGGAAGAGGUUCACCCGUCGGGAGACAUUCAACCUCCAUCGUCACUUCCACGCUCACCAGGAUGAACUGGCCUCACUCACCUGUAAGGAGUGCGGCCUUACCUUCCAUCACCGCAGCAGCCUCAUCAAGCACCGCAGUGAGCACCAACAGAAGGUUGAACAGCCUGUGGAGCGGAAGAGGAGAAGGAGCCCACAGGGAGUCUACAAGGAGGAGAGGCCAGGCUUCCAGUGUGACCACUGUGAAGAGACUUUCCCAUCACUGAGCAAACUUAGGCUCCACACCUGCAACUGUGCCCCGGAUAAGGCGUACCGCUGCCCCCUGUGCCGCAAAGAGUUCCGCAUGAAGAUCUCCAUCACCAGCCACAUGCAGAGCCACUCCCUGAGAACCCACCACUUCCGCUGCCAGGAGUGCCACAAGAGCUUCUCUGACAUAUUUUCCCUGCGUGACCACCAGGGCUCCCAUGCCUCCCUCAAGCCCUACGCGUGCCCCGAGUGUGGCAUGGUGUUCAGGCACCGCUCUGUCAUGGAGGACCACCGUCGUAAGCACACAGAGGACACACAAGGCCCCCACCAGUGCAACAUCUGUGGGAAGCACUUCAAGUAUUCCAGCCUCCUGCAACAGCACCAAUACCUUCACACAGGCCAGAAACCCUUCCGCUGCCCAGACUGUGGCAAAACGUUUGCCUUAGCCCAGAACAUGAAGGCGCACUGCCGCCAGCAUAGACGGCACCCUCACGCCUGCUCUAUUUGCCCCCUCACUUUCCCCGACCAGGGCAGUCUGCAGGCUCACGUGUCAUGCCACGAGACAGUCGGGGGACUAGACAAGGAGAACACAAACCACGGGGUGGAGCCAAAACGGAUAUUCAACUGUCCCCUCUGUCCUCAGAACUUUCCUUCACCAGCUGACCUGAGGGCUCACAUGCUGAUCCAUGAAGCAGAGCAUGAGAGGAUGGAGAACGGGGCGUGUAAAGACUGGGAAACAAACCGUUACACCUGUCCCCACUGUCCUGCCACCUACUCUGACCAGUCUAAUAUGAUGGCCCACCUGACAACUCACACGUCUGCCCGGGUCAGUGUAGAGAGGCAGGGUAAUGGACUUGAAGUAGGGAGAUCUGCUCCACCUAACACUGCCAACGUUCCAGGGAGGUGGCAUAGGGAGGAGAUGAGUAGUAAGCCUUUAAAGUGUCCAGACUGUGGCAAGUCGUUCCGUCACCGCUCUGUGUUAACGCUGCACAUGCGUAUUCAUUCCAAGGACAAGCCUUACCAGUGCAGGGUGUGCAACAAGUCCUUCAGAUUCAACAGCUACCUGCAGCAGCACAUGAUCAUUCACACCGGGGAGAAACCAUACAAGUGCCCAGACUGCAGCAAGGACUUUGCUUUCCUGCAGAACAUGAGAACCCAUCAGAGGCUGCACACACAGAAACCGUUCCGCUGCACAAAGUGCCGUAAGGGAUACAGCGAUGAGAAUCAGCUUCAGCGCCAUUUGCUGUCACACAACGGCGAAAAGCCCCACAAGUGCCACCUCUGCGAAAAGAGCUUUGGGCUGGCCUACCUGCUGCGGGACCAUCUGAACACCCACACAGGCGAGAGGCCCCAUCGCUGUCAGGAGUGCCACAAGACAUUCCCCUGGCUCGGCAGCCUGCUGGUGCAUCAGAAAAUCCACGCUCGAAAGCGCCAGGGGUCGAGUCAGCCUUACUCUUUUCCAAUGGCAAUGAGGAUAAGAGGCAAGGGUAGCAGGGGCCGGAGCGGAGGCAGGCUGGCAUCAGGCUGGCCCAGGUCGGGUGGAAUGGGGCGAUCAGGUAUGGACACGCCCCAACAAACACCUCCAUAUCAAGUCCCAAUGUCAAGGAGUCCUGAGUGGCAGAGGAGGCCGGCCCAGCCACAGCCACCAAUGUUUUCAUCCCAGAUGAAUAUGCAGCAGCCAGGGGAGACAUCUGCGAGAAGGCCUCCACCAGUCCACCAACAGUGGCGGGUGGAAGGUGGAGAACUGAGGCCUGUCCCACUACCUAACCAGUCUCAACCAUCUCAGGAUCCUGAAAGACAACCAGCGCCUGUCCAACAGCAGCCAUCUCCACAAACACAGACACAGCAGGUACCACAGUCUCCACUGAUACAACAACAAGUACAAUUACAGCUACAGCUACAGCCACAUCUACAUCCGCAGCUGCGCCAACAGCAGGUUCAGCAUCAUCUACAGUCUCCGCUGAUCCAACAGCAAUUACAGUGGCAGCAACCAGGUGGACAGCUCCAGCCCCAGCCAGUACCACAGCAGCAGUGGCAGCCUGCCAGACACUUGCUCCAGCUCCAGCAAAAGCUGCCCUGGUUACCAGAUGCUCAGCCCCGGCCCACCCCACCACAGCAACCCCAGCAGUGGCACUCAGAUGGCCUGCCUCGGCCACCCCCACAACAGCAGAGGAAUUCAGGCAGGGCAGAGGCACCUACAACGUCACAGCCUGGUCUUAGUGCAUCUCAGAGCCUAGAAACCCCUCCUCCAGGAGAAAGUGGAGGGACCAUGCCCUUGGGUAAGAAAACACCCCCAGUGGCCGGGCCACAAAACCCCAGCCCAUUAGCUGUGAGUGAGCAGGAGCAACACCGGCAACAGCCGAAGCCCAUGAGCUGGGGUAACACACCCACUACACCACCAGUCCCCACAAUGAGCUCUGUUCAGCUUGACUUCCCUGGGUCCCCCAUUUACAUGGAUGGGGCUGCUUUGUGGGGUGGGCUGAGGACCUCUCCAGCAGUGCCACCAUCCCAGAGCGCAUCAAACAAGCUGGGCCAAGAGCUUAAGCUACCAAGAUGGUCGAGCGUCUCAGUGCCAAUGCAGAAAGCUGUUAAUGAAUCAUCCACACCUCCUAGAAAAGAGGACACUAGAGUUUGGGACUUUAAUGCACCUCUGGUAAUGUCCCCAACUGUUAGUUCAUCAGAGAAAGCUGGAAGUGGGCGUGAGCAGCAGAAACAGUGGUCUCCAGCUCUACUCAGUACAUCCUCCUCAGCUCAGAUGGGCCACAGCUCUGUCAUGUCAAUUUCAAGCUCUCCAUCUCAUGGGAUUGGAGGUAGUCCCUGGGAUUUCAAAGGAUCCCCCUCAAACAAAUCAGGCCUUAGCCAGGAGUUAGAGCAGCAGCAGCAAAAACAUCUAUCUUCCAGCUGGACCAAUGUACCCACAUCCACCCAGAAUGUUCCCAUCUCCAUUCAAUAUGACCCACAACGUUUCACUCACGGGGUGGGACCCACUGUGUGGGGUUUCCAAACCACUCCAGCUGGCCCGCAGCAGCAGCCAAUGGUAACAGGCACUCAAAUCAUCAUAAAUCAGACCUCUCCUUUCUUCUCUCCUCUCCCUCCGCUCCCUCCUCUUAGUUUGCCUGGCUCACACCCUCUUCACUCUGUAGCAGUCGGCUCUCUACCAAGGCCUCCACACCCAAACAUUUUCUUCACGCCACAGGCAGUCAUGAGUGAGAGGCCACACAUGACACAGACCCUGUCGCUACCUCAGCUAGCCCCACGGCCUGUUCCUCACAAACUGGGCCGUUUGCCUUAUGUCCCAGACCGCCUUCUCCAGUGCAUGAUCUGUGGGUGCUCUCUACCCCGGGAGUUAGACUUGCAAAUGCACUACAUGCAGCAUGCACAGGGAGAGAUUUGACACUGGCAAAGAGUGUGUCUACUAGUCUGUUUUUCCAAAUGUUUUUAAUGUACAUUUAUUGUAUAACUAUAGCAAUUUAGCUGUGUUUUGUGUCCUUUUUGGACAUCGUCCAUGUUGUUGAUCUCUCACUCUAUAAGAAAGGGUUAGAUACUCUCAAAACGUGUAUAGUUUGUUAACUUUAUCAAGCACAGUUGUCAGUUUUCUGAGUUCACAGCUUUGCCUUGAACUGCAAAGAACUUAGAAAUAUGACUGUGUAAUGGAUUUCUUGGCCAGUACCAUCAUAUUUACUGUGUUGUAAACAUAACAUGGAUUUACCCAGUUUAUUAGGUACACCAGCCAUUCACAAAAAUAUUUUGCACCUAUAGACAGUGAGUCACGUGGCCGUGGCUUGCUAUAUAAAGCAGGCAUCCAGUUACUAUUCAAUUGAACGUGGUUACAGUAUCUCAGAAAUGGCAGGCCACCUGGGUUUUUCACAGAUGAGUGUCUAGGGUUUACUGAGAAUGGUGUAAAAAACAGUCAGCAGUACUAGGUGGGUGUACCUUAAACUGGCCGCUAAGUGUGUAUGUCAACUUAUGGAUCUUUGUUAGUUUUUUUUCUGUGUACACUCUGUCUUCGUUACACCAUUUAAAUGUAUUCCUCAAACAAGUGGAUUUCACCUGUGUUGCACUGUAUAUUUGUGCCUUUUAUUGUUUCAAAACACUCUGCAUGUUCUUUCUGCUCUCUCUUAAUGUUGUAGUGGGUGUUAUUCAAAUUGGCAGGUCUGAAAAAUGAGUCAUUUGUAUGAGUCAUUUCUUAUUCUGUCUUAAUUUGGGUGAACAUUUAUCUUGUUUUGGUGCUAGAGUUAUGAAAUUAGGGUUAUUGGGAGGAGCACACAUUUUAUCCAAACAGUGUGGCAUGGGUUAGUAUACAAAUGAAUGUAUUGUAUUAAAAUGAAUAACUAAUAACUCACUUUACCUGUUGGGUUUGUGAAAUUGUAUCAGCAACAUGACAACGUUGCCAGAAGAUACGCUUGUUUACACUGAGCUGCACUGGGAUCGGAAAGCAAUCAUGGUUAUAUUAAGACACCGUGGAGCAGACGCGAGAUAUGGGUCAGAAAACGUACCUCUAUGCAAGGAUGGGAUAUGUCACCGGAUCCACGGCGUCUUAAUGUAACCAUGCUUGUGUUCAGUCCCCAGUGCUGCUCAGUGUAAAUCAACGUAAUGGUAGAGUCGUUAUCUUCUGGCAAAACAUAAUGUAAUAUAUUUGACGUUUUACUACAUCUGUGCAUUAGCAGUAGUUUUAAAUAUGUAAAUACCUGGUAAUAAAAAUCAUUGGGGAACAAAUGUAA